AUGGUUUCCCUCCAACCCCAGCUCCCUCAGAAAGAUGACUUCGAUAUCGAAUACGGGAUGAUUCUCCUGCACAGAAUCACAGAAGCUCUCCAACAGUUCCAUGGCCUCGUACCCAACAAGUAUAAGAGCGGCGUUCACUUUGUUAUGAUGACAACGAUAAUUGCUCUCGAUAUCCGUGCUCAGAAUGCCGGCAUGUUGGUCAGGAGGGCUGAAAAUUCCAUUCAGCUAGAAGCUUUCGAUCUUGCGCCCCUCAACGAAGCUGUCAUGAGCACCAAGGGUCGACUUCGACGCUGCUUUCCCGGGCCGGCUCUCUCGCUGACUCUUGAACAAUGGGGCGAGCCUGGUUUUCAGGCCACCUUCGCCCAUGCGGUGGCCAAGAUGAGUACCCAAGCAACCAAAGACACGCAACCCAAAACCCGGAAAUCCAGACAAGACCACGAUGAAGAGCGAAACACGACUCAUCCCAAGGUGUUGUUGAACUCGCCACCGAGGAUGUCCACGUGGUCGACAGGAGUGUGGCUUGAGGCCGCUUGGCGACCGGUGGGUUUCACAAAGGAGAUGACCAAUCACAUCGAAGUGCAGACCUAUACCCACGGUUGCUGCUGGUGCUGUAAGUUUGCCACCCGCCCAUGGAGCGGUGUUGCUUCGCAGGUGGCGAUGACGCCAAUCGAGCGUCGCGUCCCAAGAUCUGCAGGGGGAUCAUCGGAGGUCCACGAAACGCUCGAUGAUUCGCUUGAUGGUCCUACCACAUCAAGCAACGGGGUGUCCUUCCGGGUUUGUACGAUUUCCUGCUUCCGCGGCUUUGUCUACCUGGGGUCAGCUGGCCAGGAGUUAACAGUUUCGGUGGAAUUGAACGCUUAA